AGUUUUUUUUAAGCUCUGAUCCUUAUGAAUAUGAAAACCUAUUUCAGGUUGUUCUGACUUACAGCUAUCUUAAUCUAAGUUAUACAUUUUUCAGCAUAAUUCCCAUAUGUGUGAUUGGGAUGUGACUAGGUAUUUAAUAGUUAUCAUCAAUGACUUUCAGAAUAUAAAAUGGCCAUUGAUAGAUAUGAAUCUAUCUCAUCUGAGACAAGAUAGUUUGUUUCCAAAUUAUCAAUUCAAACUGCAAACAUGAAUUCUGUUCUUAUAGUAGAAUAUCAUUGCAAAGGGAUUAUUCUUCAAGUCUCAUUAAACUGUAGCAUAAAGAAAACUUUUGUCUGGUUUAGAAAUACAUUUCAGAUUACAUUUGCUAUGGUUGAGUGAGUGAAAUAUAUUAAUGAAAAAUUUUGACAAUCUAGCACUUAUAUACAGCUCUGUAUAUUAGUAUUUAAUUGUAAAAAUCUAUAAGUUCUAGAAAUUUAACAUUAACUUUUUCAGAUAUGGUGCAGGAUAUACACUAACAUUAAGAGUAGGAGGUGAACUUUCUAAUAUGAGAGAAGUUGCAUCUUAUAUUGAAAAAACAUUUGGAUCAAUGGCAGUUCUUCAAGAGCAACAUCUGAAUCAAAUGGAAUAUCAGCUAGCACCAACUCUCUCUCUUUCUCAUGUAUUUAAAGAAUUAAAAAAUGCCACUAGGCUACUUGAAAUAGAGGAUUAUUCAAUUUCACAAACAACUCUAGAUCAGGUUUUCAUCAGUUUUGCUAAAAUGCAAGCAGAUGUCAGUGAAGAACUACCACAAACAACUUUUCAAUGCAUCUUCAAGAAUGGAGUUACAUUAAAUAAGAAGAAGAAAAGUGGCCAAGGAAACAACAAAAUUACACAGCAAGCAGGAGAUAUCGAGCUGUUCAUCCGAAGACCAAAUCCCAACAUACCACCCGAGCUAGUGUGAAUAAGUGACUUGCCAAGUUGUUUUGUUUCAUAUUCAUACAUUCACUCAGGACCUAAAUAUCUUGGACAUGUGAAUAUCCAAAUGCCAUUAACCCAAUUCAACAUGAUCUUUUUUAUUUUAUAAUUCAGUUGAGGCAUUUAGUGAAAUUUAUAUUUAUUAAAUAAUGCAUUUCACAGUUGAAACAUCAUCUCCCAAAUCAAAGUUUCACUUCCUAUAUUUUACAGAACUGUUCCUAGCACAUUUAUCAGGCUACUACCUAUUUUUACAAUGUUAGAUUACAGAAAAGUAUUUAUUAUUAAUAUACAGAAAACUAUUUUUUAAAUCAUGCCCCCCAAAAAAAUAUCAAAUUUGAUCUUUGGCUAUCUCUAAUUGAUAAUUUAAGAGUUGCCAGCUAAAAUUAAACGAAGCUUGCCAAUGUAAUAAUUUAUACAUACACACAACAGUAUAUAAAUUCCAGUUUUUGGUACACGAAACUGGAUGUAAAAGUUUCCUGUGAUACUUUCGUUUUCACACUCCCGGUAGGCUUAUCCUACUGUGUAUAUGUACAUAAUUUUGUUUAUUGAUCUGAUUUCUUUUAGACAAUUGUAUACGUGCAUAUUAUUUUUUUAGGCAGUUGUUUUUUGUCUUCCACAUCAUGCCAAGUUCCCAAAUUGUGGUAGGCAUCGAGUCGGAAGAGUUGGAAUGUAGAUAACCUUGCGCGUUUCAGUUUAGUUCAUGUCACCAUCAUCCUGUUCAUUGUAAUAUAAUUAAACACAUUGUUAUAUGACAGAUCUUAUUCAAAGUUGUAAAAUUUUUAAAAAAGUAUUUCCAUUAUAUUCCUGGAGAAAAGAAAAAGAACUAUUUUAUUACCAUGUUUGUUUAGUGAUAGUUUAGUUCCGAUUGUUGAUUGUACAUUUAUUGAAACGGGAAUCUUUCCUCCACAGAGGACGUAGUCAGUUUUAUUUUGUGUGCUAGAUACAUUCCACGUGCAUUGGCACAUCUCUAGCUUUGGAGAAUAAACCCUGUUCUUUCUUUUAAUAUUUACAUCCCUUUGGAAGGGCAUUUGUAUUUGUUUUAUUUUAUGUAGUAGUCAAAUUAAUUGCGUCAUGCAUGUGUCUGUGAUUUUUAAGUGAUACUGUCAUAAUAUAUUUAGUAUUUUCCUCAAAUUGCUGCAUUUGCUUUCACUACGGGUUUCAGACAUUCUGUCGGCAGUUCAGAAUAAGAGAUUGGUCUCUGAUGUGUUUAGAAUUUUGAUGCAUGUCACACAAACGUUUGAAAAAAAAUCUCAAAGUUUUCAGAAUCCUCACUUUUUAUUUUUAAAUAUUGGUAGCACUUGCGUGCAAUUAUAAUUAAAUUGUUUUUGAGUGAUAUAUUGUGAUCUUAUUUAUCAUAAAAGUGAUAUUUAAAAAUAUAUAAUUUUGUGAAUGUUUCUUCAAUUUCACCUAAG